AUGGAUUUGACACAAAUCCUUUUGGCAGCCUCGAGUCCAGACCUGCAGCUGGUACAGAGUGCAAAUAUUCAUCUUGAUGAACUAUCCAAAUCGGAUCCUCUUUUUUUGUCAAAACUUACGUCAGCUAUUUUUGAGCAGAGUGACUUGCUUACCCCAUCAGCACUUCUCUUUGCGAUUAUUCAUUUGAAAAAUCUUGUCAAAAAGUGGUCUAAAUUUGAUAUAAACCAACAGGAGUAUAUCACGUCUACAAUACUCCAUCAUCUGCGACAAAAUCCUUCCCCUAAUCAAUUCAUUUCUGAAAUUAUAGGUAUGGUAUUUCGUCAGGAAUGGGGAAGAGAAUGGCCAGAGAAAAUCUGGUUGACUAUCAUUCAAUCGGAAGCUUGGACGCCACUUCGACGCUGCAUUCAACGUUCUGCACACCUGCGGCUUCCGAUGCGUAGAAAGAUUCUUGGUGCUCAAGUAGCUGAUGUCCUCCCUCAUUUAAUCUCUCAUUGGGUUAAUUCAAAUAAUUCUGAACUUCUUCAUACAAUUUACACUUGCGUAGCUGUGAUUGAUAGUUCCGUUGUGACUGAGAUCAUGUCUUCAAAUUCCUCAGUUUUUGGUGAAUUGAUAAAUAGUGCUCUAACAAGUCUCACCUCUCCUGAAUGCAAAGACCGCAAGCGUCUGGCAAAGUUGCUUCAUGCCUUGUUUUGCCUCCUUCCUAUUGAUUUACGAACUCCUUGUGUCGUAUCUCUUCUCAAUUCUAUGACAACGGUGAUUGCGAAUGACUUAGCAGACCGUAAAACUGUUUUCUGGGGCCUAGCAACUAUUUUUAAUAUCACUUCUGCUACCUUUCGAGAUGAUGGGUGGAGAUCCACUUAUCCCGCUUUUCCUUAUCUCAACCAGCAUGCCAAAGAACUCGUAUUUAAUUGGUAUAUGUCCCCUAGUAGCAAGAUUCCUCAACAUUGUAACGCAGUUAGUUUGUUACUAGCUUUAAUGCGUGCCUGGAUGCCUUUGAGUGAAUCCCAAAUGGAGGCUCUUUAUUCUGAACCAGAGGCUUGUUAUUCAACUGGAGGUGUCUUUUGCAACGAUACGGUGGCGGGUGAGUCUAGCAAUGUAUUCUUUGCUGAAGCUUUCUGGAACACUAAAUCUUCCUCCACCAUUGCAAAUGCUGACUUCAUUCCUAUUCACCCCGAAACUGUACCUCUAUUGCGUCAAUUGGCGGAAUCAACUUUCCAACUACUUGCAAAACAUUUAAGCAGCCAUUUAGUAGGAGUGCUGUCCUCAGCAAUUGAAGAAUUAAUAACCACUGGAGAAGUAGCCUUGAAGGAGGUGGGGAUGAGGUCCCUUCAAUUCCUCCUGCAAAUCGAUUCUGUUCAAUGGUGCAGCCAUGUGGAUACUAUACUCUCAAUAACAUCCUCUAGUGGGCCAAAUAUUGAACCGCUUAUUCAAGGAAGACGAAUGGCUCUUCUUGUUCGCAGGGCUCUCAUCUCCACCAGUUCUUCAGAUGAACUCAAACGCAACUGUUCUGUGGCACUGAUUGAAUUGGCUUCGUGUCUGAGUAUUUCAUGUGAGAACAAAAAACGUGGAAUUGUCCUCCAAUUAGCCACGGCAUGCAGUCUCGUCUGGUUCCUCGAGAAUCCCUCUUUCCCUCCCGAUAUUCUCUCAAAUCCCCUCGAUCCAACUCUCGCCAAUAUCCUUGCUUCCUUUGCUAAUCUCGCCAAGAAUGUAGAAGAAGAUGAAACAAAAGUUCUAAUCUUGAGGUAUCUUCAAUGUGUAUUUGAAAAUGGUAAUAUUGAAUCAAAUUUUGGUUCGUUCAUCCGAACUCUUCAGGACAUUUGGCAGAUGGCGGAGGGCGGUUUACAGCUGCGCGCAAGCCUAAUAGACCUCGUAACGACAGUCAUGAGUGCUCUAAAUUCUGAGUCCGCUUCUCCCGAGGUCACUUCAGCGUCUGAGGAGCUGACACGCGUUGCCGUUACCUCGUUUAUUAUCCCAGAUCUAACACGUUUCAUUAAAUUGGGCGAUAAAGACGAUGCGGAUAUGCUUGUUGAUUCCUGUCUCCCUUUGUGGCGGGCUCUUGUCACUGGUGGUGGAGCCCGCUGGUCAUCUACUUUGGAACAACUAAUGCCCCUAUUGACCGAUAUGCAUGGUGGUGACGUUGAUGAAACUCUGUACGCACGAGUUAAAACAGUUGAUCAAGCAGAGAUUUUCUUCGAAAUCGCUGACGCAUGUUUACGUUUGGCCUCAUCCCCGAAUUUCUUGUCAUUGUGGACGGAGGCAUUCUGGUCCCCUGUAUUAAGAGGCCUGAUUACACCCGACAAGCUGGAAGCCGCAUUUUCAUCCCUCUAUCCCGCCCGACUCCCCUCUGACAAAUCGCUUCUAAAGUUACUUGCUACGUGGUGUAGCCAAAUCAUUCGGCAUAAUGUGGACUUUCCUCCAAGUAUUUGUGGACUCUUGAUUCUCAACAGUCGAACUUGCUUGCUCUCCAACCCGGUGGAAAUUGAGGGCUCUAAACUCUUCUGCGAUCAAAUGCGACUGCUCUGUCUUGCUCAAUUGGCUGCUUCUCCCAAUAGAUGGCACUUUUUGAUGAAGCUUUUAGCCUGCGUUGAAGGCAACGUAUCUCCUGAUCAAACUUUCAGCCAGGUCUGCCUCGGUCUCUCGAAAGAUGACCAUCCAAUUCCAGCUGGCAAUCAGCAACAGACCCUACUAGCCCUUCUGGAGCGUUUGAUGGAAAGAGUGGAUUCUCUUUCUAAUCGUCUGCAUCGGCGGUGCUAUGUACUUGCUGCGGUGUUUUGUUUAAAGCACUUGGCAUCCUCGGAGCAUCUAUUUAAAGAGGUCUCUGAAUCGGUCAUAAGCCUUUGUGUACAGGCCCUUUUCGAAACUGAUGAAAAUCCAACGAAUUCUACUGAAGCGGAUUCCUGGGUCGCUCCAUCGACACUGGCUAGUCCAAAACAGUUGAAGGCGUCGCUAGUUUCCCUUCUUGGGAACUUGGUUGAUACAUUAUCAGCUAAUGUGGAUCCAGCUGUUUGGUCCCAAUUUAUUCAAAAGAUUGCUUAA